GAGCGUUUCUUGCUUAUUACCGCACUGGGAUAUCCGCGACCCCUGUUUGGCUGUCCUUGCUGGCAUGUUCAACGUCGUGCACAGUAGCAAUUGUCUAUAUAUUCUCCGGCCAGCAACUCGCACAGCGCUGCAAGUCAGACAUUCAUCUACAUUUACUAUCUGGAAUCCACCCAAGCAUGCACCGCGAGAGGUGCCAACGCCUUUGGUUUUGUCCUUCAUCCCCCAGUCAUUUGCUUCUAUGCUCGCGGAGAAAGGUCACACCUGCAUUCAGGUCGAUUUUGGACCACCUAGUGAGAGCGAAAAGUGCUCCAGUUCACAGAGUCUUGUGGGUCACUUGAGUGAAGAGCUCAAAGUCAACUUGCGCCUUUCUGGAAAUCCCUUCCCACCUGUAAUAUUCGCGCGAGGCUUUGCUUCUCUCAUCGCACAGACAUAUAUCUCUUCCCACUCAGCACAGGGAUUGUUUAUGAUUUCCCCUCCACUAUCCAAUGCGUCACUGUUUCCUAGCAGAGAGUUUGACUACGAACUCAAGUUCCCCGUCGCCGUUAUGGCUCAUCCAGCAGAAAUGGAUCAGCUGAGGAAGUAUAGUCGGUUGGGUCAAAAUGAGUCGGUUGACUUGAUUGAACAUGACAACUUAGAAGGUCAGGAUGCUUUCAUGAAAAUAGAGCAGUGGUUAGACGAACUGGGGAUCUGAUACCCUCUAUCAAAAGGAGCUACUGUCUUCCGUAUUCUAAGGGUCUGGCCAGUAUGCAUCCAUCAUGAUCUUGUUCUCCUUCUCACGGUGGUUGUUGCAUUUGCUCUUAACCUGAC